AUGGAAGUUCUCCAGUUGACCGGAAAAGAUGAUUUUAUCACUCCUCCCAAUGCAAAUUCCGAGGACGAAGUCGACCCAGCUCUACGUCUAGAGCUUCCCAUUGAGAAGGAUUUGAUAAUUCUAAAACUUCCACGCGACGAAAGCCGACGAAAGGGGGUAUAUGACACAAUCUCUAAAUAUCUGGAACGGCUUCCAUGGACCCAAACCCAAGACGGCCUAGUCGAUUCUAAAGAUAUUAGCACGAGCCUUAAACAGCAAGAAGCUUUCUCCAGCGGGAAUAAGACUCCAUCAUUAGUUAACCAGUCGAAAGGAAAACAAAGAGACCUCACAUCGGAAAGAUUCUACAGCUCCACCGAAUGUACUGAGUCGCUUAGAAUACUAAGCACACCCCCCUGCAAUGUGAUCGAAGCAAGGUCGCUAUCUAGAGAGAUUAAGCUUGUACCAAAACGCCGUGAAUCUAUCAGUUGUGACAAUAACUUCAUACCUGAAACCCUACAGGACGACAACGGCGAAACCGAUUUCUAUCGGUCCAUAUUUACCCACACUAUAAAGCAGAAGACUUCUUCAGCUACCAUCAAGCAGCGGCUCACUGACGCAGACGACCUUCUCGGUUUCCUUGCCGUCGCCGAACACAGAAAAAUCGAUUUUUUGCCCUUCGAGUGUGAUGACACCAACCCCAUUGGUAAAGGUGGAACGGCAAAGAUAACUAGAGGAGCAAAAGUCUUGACAACUAGAGGUGAUAAUCUUGGUCUUGUUUUCAAACGUACCAAAGCAGAAAUUGAUGACGAGAACCAAGAUAUAGCUACAGUCUAUCGAGCUGUACUAUCAGAAGUCUAUAUUCUUGGUCAUCCUGUUGUGCGACACCACCCUAAUAUCAACAAUCUACAGGGAAUCUGCUGGGAAGUCGUCCAAAAUAGGCCUUGGCCUGUUCUGAUAUUUAAACAAGCGCCAUAUGGCGACCUUGGUCAGUUUAUGAGGACGGAAGAGGGGAGGAACCUUGGGUUGAAGGAUAAGAUCAAACUUUGUUGGGAAAUGGGAAAUGCCCUUCAUUUAAUGCAUAGUUGCAAUGCCAUUCAUGGAGACAUUAAACCCGAGAACGUUCUCAUUUGUAAAGACGCAGAUGGAAGGUUUUUAGCACAAGUGAUAGACUUUGGAUAUUCAACAAUCUUCGCAGACGAAGAAAAUGAAGAAGUUACCCUCCCUACAUCAUGGCCUUGGACAGCCCCCGAGAUAAAGCCACGGCAGCCAGUCACAUUGGAGCAAGCAAAGGCAGCAGACAUAUUUUCAUAUGGCCUUCUUUGCUUCUGGCUUCUCUGCUACGGUGUUCUAGAACCAGAACCUGGCUCGCCUAUAUAUACCCCCAACAGAUACACUAUUGACCAGAACAAGAGCUCUCCGCGGUUCGCAGCCGAUGUAUGCAAUACGAUAGCCUCGAUUCUAGCCAAUGAGCCAGAGGAUAUCCGCCAACGUCUGGCCCUUGACUACUUUUUUCAACGGGUCCUGUUCUUUAGUGAGGGGUCACAGAACCAGGAGAAGAGAGUCCUCGACGUUGAUACCCUACCACGUCUCUUCGGUCUCCCAGAGCGCCCACUACCAUUGUUAAAAAAAUAUGGGAAAUCUUCGCUUCUCAAGUCGCAGGCAUCAUUUAAGUUGCCAGCACUGCUAUCAAGGCUAUCUAAGUGCCCACAAAUCGUCAUAGAUGAUGUUUUCAAGCGACUCGUGGAACGAACAGAGGCUUGUCUUGAAGAUGACUCUUGGGAUGCUAGUUUGGGAAGUCUUGCCUACGAUCUAGCUUUGUGCCACGAGCUAGGCUUGGGGACAGACAGGUCGCCCGAAAUGGCCGAUAUCUGGUGCAACAUAGCAGGAACAGAUCGUGCGGCGCUUGGUAACGUAGUCAAAAUGAUGGAAUCGGAUACAAAUGGUCUCUAUACCAUCUUUAACCUUGAGUUCUCCGAUCGGCACUCAAGUUUAAAACGGGCUGAAGAGAAAGAAAAUGAUGCUAUCAAAUUUUCUGUUCCCUGGCUCGACAAAAUCCUUGAACAAAAGGACGACGAAUCUAUUGAGUACGACUCGAGAGUCGUUGAUUUGGACAACGGGAGUGAUGAGUCUUGGGUAGGUUAUCUUGAAAAGGGGAAAGAUGAGGAAGGCUUUUUCGUGUCGUGGAUGCAGUUUAACUCUUCUAGUCAUGAUAAUCCCGACACGAGUUCCGACCGCUCCAUUUCUUCAUCUCAGCUCGUCGUUUUCCCUGCAUCAACCAAAGCUAUCUUGGACCGAGGAGCCCUAAGAGCUAAACAAAUUCAACUUUGUGCAAGUUUGGAGGCAAAGAGAAACGUUAUUGGGUCCGAGCAUCAAGAUACUCUCAAAGAUAUCAACACGCUCUAUUACCUUUAUUGCAAAUCCAAUGAGCCUACAAGUACGAUCUUAGCUCUGCAGGAAGAGAUCUUCGAAUUACAACAAGCAAUGUUCGGACCCGAAAAUCCUGAGACGGAAAAAAGUACACAAAGCCUCGCAAAGCUCUACAUGCAAAGAAAGGAAUGGAAAAAAGCACGCCCUCUUAUUAUGACCCAUCUUGCCAUGGUCAGGAAAGCCUUUAACCUGGAGGGGGAAAGUGGCCGCAAAGCUGUAGAGUUACUCGAAAUCCUCACCGAGAAGGAGGGCGACGUUCUGAUACAUCACGAACCAGCUAGCACAGCGACAAAACGGAUCCUUGCACAGUAUAUGCUACUGCUCGAGGCAUAUGACCGGGGAGACGUUAGAUUACUUGCACCGUUGAUGAAGUUGAUGAACAUCCAAAUAGACCAACUUAUGCAUCACAAUACUUCCUCUCGUGAAGGGGAUGAUAUUGAAUUGCUCAUUUCAACCUCUGUGCUUGGAUUGAAGCGGCUAAAGGGGACUAUCUGUGAUGUGGGUCAAUUGGUUGGAAGCAAUCACAGUGAGGUCGCCCGCGCCAAAGAGGUUGCGGCCCUUGGCCACCUAACUCUCGGUGCUGUCAGGCAUGGGGAGAUUUCGCUACCCGAGAAAAUACGCCAUACCGUAAAAGCUAACAGACUCCUAGGGGAAGUUAUCUUCCCUAAAGGGAAUCCAGCCUGUAUACCGAUACGACACAAAGGGAGGGGGGCCUUCACUCUCGAUUCUAAUACGAGAGAUGAUCUGCAUCGUAGGCCAGAGGCCUACUGCGAAGGGGCAGACCAACUAGCCCUUUGGAUUGCAAUUCAAAGCCAACUAAACGAGCUUAUUUCGGACCUCAAAUCGGAGAUAAAUAAAGUUCGAAAGUUUCUUGAGAAGGUUCCUGGAAGCUUCCUUGCUAGGGCAGGCAGCACCCUAGAGCUGGCUGAAACGGCCACUUCUGACCCUGGGCGCAGGGCUGACAUCAAGACGGGGUUACCAUAUUUACGCAAGCUUUUGAUCAACCUAAGGGAGGCAUGGGCGUUAAGACAUUUCGAAGGCCCUUUAUUACUGAGAUAUUAUACAGAAUCUUUGCUUUAUCUAUACAGGCUGAAUGCUCAUGACGAGGAUUUGAAAGAUCAUUUCGACGAGGCGGUCGAAUCUAUGGAGCAGGAAGUACACAAGGCCGAAAACGAGAAAGAUAUUGCGGAAAUCGUACCGAAAUUGUACAGGUUACUAGAGCAACGUUAUGAGGCGCAUUCAAAAAUUGGCGACUUACAAAACAUGGCGUUGUGGUCAGAGCAAAUGUCGUAUUUUGAUCAUGAUAGAAACAAUACUAAUGACUCGAAGCGAACGACUAACCCCGGGCACGAGGCUCUAAAGGACGAUUACAUCGACUGGUUACAAAAUUCGGUAAUGCUAUAUGAAAAAAUAUACCAGGAAGUGGGUGGCACGGAUAGUAGGGAAAUUCUUAUAGCUGUUUGCGAGCGCCUUCUUCGUGAACGCGGCAUACUGCAACCUUUAAAAGAUGUUGUAGAUGUCUGUGUUUUAUUGGCUUCACUUUAUCUGGAUCGCGGUGUUGAGAAUAGUUCUUCUAUGGGGGUUCUAGAAGAUGGCUUGCUCUUAAUUACUGACAUUGGUCAGAAGGUUAUCAGCCAAAUUUUCUACAACUGCGAACUAGCAGGCUUAAAACCAAGCGAUUCCGAUCCUCGCGGGCCCAUAGACUUUAGAGCUCUAGCUACUAUCGGCGGGGCACAGCCUCAUAAAAUGCGGCAGGAAUAUGAGAAGGCUAUUUCGCUACUACCGAAUUAUGAUCAGGCAGCCAAUUCGAAAGUACCAGAAGCCGCGCUAUUAAAAUCAGUCGGACCGGAAGACGUGGCAAUGGUACUGUUGAGGGUUCAACCUUUCAUGGCAAGUUUGUUAGCAAUAUGCUUUUUAUUAAGAUUCUUCAUUUCCAAUGACGAGCGCGGAGCGGGGGGUAAUCGCCGUCAAUACCUUGACCAAGCUCAGAUCUACACAGAACUCGGUUCGAGAUUGAUUCAACCUACGAGCCCUUAUAUCAUGCUGCUCGAUGAGAUUAACAACUCUAUUGCGAGUAUCAAGAACAAGCUCGAUCAAGGCGAGGUAUGGGAAGAUCAACUCGAACUUUCAUCACGAUUCAAACAUUUGCGCGAUGUAUAUUUCCCAUACAUCAAGGAAAACCAUGUGAGCAAGCAGGCUAGCAAACGGAUCAUGCCCUCGGGACUUGGGUCUUGGCUUUUUCGAGACGAUAUCUCCUCGUUGAUAUGGCUUUAG